AUGCUUAUUACCCUGGGGCUUGACAGUACGUUCGGUGGCUUAGAAGCGUUCUUGACCGGUUUCACGGAUGAAUACAAAAUUCUUCGACAGCGUCGGGAACUGUUUGUGGCGGGUUUGAUUAUAUUCGUUUUUCUGAUGGCAUUACCGACGACAACAUACGGUGGACAAUACGUCAUAACGUUAUUAGAUGAACACGCCGCCUCCUACUCAUUGCUUUUUGUAUGUCUUGUCGAACUAAUUGCUGUCCAGUAUUGCUACGGUAUGACAAGAUUUUCCAAAGACGUCGAAAGCAUGAUAGGAUUUCAACCAUCCAUCUUCUGGAAAGUUUGUUGGACGCUCCUCUGUCCGAUUUUUGUUUUCGGAAUCUUUAUCAUGUCGCUCUACGGUUACAGUGGACUCAAGUUAGGGAAUUACAUUUUCCCAAAAUGGGUUGAAAGAAUCGGUUGGUUUGUGUCAUUCACCUCAAUUGCCUGUAUCCCAACAUAUAUGAUCUACAUCGUCAUCAUCACAGCCUGUUCUCCUAAAAAGGACUGGUGGGCUCUAAUUGGACGCGGCAAUUCUUCGUCAAAUUUGCAGAAUUCCGGUCGAAAUGUCGUUCCCAUGGAACUUAAGGAGACCAGAAACGGACAGCCACCGUCGCAGAGUCAAUCACAGCCACCGCCGCCACCAACUGAACUCUGA